AUAGCUACCGGUUUGGAUGCAAAGCCAAAAGCAACAAAAAAGCCAUUUGAGUUGUCUAGCCAAAAAAGUGAACAGAAGGAAGAGGUUCCCGGAGAAGCUUGUGUACUCUUGUUCAGAAUGAACUCCACGAUGUCAAACUAAUAUUGCUUGUUAGCUUCAAAGGCCUCGUGAUUUCAACGGCUACUAGAAGUAUAGUUCAAAAGUUAGGUAGUGCGGUUAAAGAAGUGGCCAGAACCAAAGGCUCAAGCUGGUGGCACACACCCCACAUGGCUGCUGCUUCCCUCGCUAUUGCUGAACGUAUCCCUUUGGUUGAUUUCGUCCUCGAAGUUCGCGACUCAAGGAUUCCUUUGUCAUCAGAAUGCAGCCAACUCGGUGAUUUAUUGUCUUCUCUGAGGCGGGUCAUAGCUUUGAACAAGGCAGACCUUGCAAAACAAUCAGAUAUGAAGAUUGCUGGUGGACCCUUUCGGAAAAAAAACCUCAUUGCCAAUUCACAAAUCUUACUCCAGCUGAUCUCAUAAUGGAGUACUGGGGCUUCAUCUGCAUGCUGAUGAUGGCUGUUUUUGGUGGUCUUAUGGGAUUGAAGUCCCUGCUGAAGAGCUUAAAUCGGUGGCACUUUGAAGCUAAGUUGGGUGAUAGGAGAUUCUCUCUGCCACCCGGUGAUCUGGGAUGGCCUUUUAUUGGCAGCAUGUGGGCUUUCCUCAGAGCUUUCAAGUCCAGCAAUCCUGAUUCUUUCAUCUCCAGUUUUGUCAACAGAUUUGGUCCUGUGGGACUUUACAAGACUAUGAUGUUUGGUAGCCCAAGCAUCAUUGUUACAACACCAGAAGCUUGCAAGAGAGUUUUAACAGAUGAUGAAGCAUUCAUGCCUGGAUGGCCUAGUUCAACCCUGACACUUAUGGGGAGAAAAUCUUUCAUUGGCAUAUCCGCCCAAGAGCACAAAAGAUUGCGCAAAUUAACAGCAGCACCAGUGAAUGGACAUGAGGCAUUGUCCAUUUACUUGAAGUACAUUGAAGACAACGUUACAGAGGCUUUGGAGAAAUGGGCAGGAAUGGGACAAAUUGAGUUUUUAACUCAACUUCGAAAACUUACAUUCAGGAUAAUUACACAUAUUUUCCUGGGUUCAGAGAGUGAGCAAGUAAUGGAAGCCUUAGAAAGGGAGUAUACUGUACUCAACCAUGGUGUUAGAGCAAUGUCUAUUAACGUUCCUGGAUUUGCUUACUAUAAUGCUCUCAAGGCACGGAAAAGGCUUGUGGCUAUAUUUCAAUCUGUUGUGACUGAGCGAAGGGCAAGGAGAAAGGAAAAUUCAACUGCUGAGAAAAGGGAUAUGAUGGACGCGCUGAUGGAUGCUGUAGAUGAUAAAGGUAGAAAAUUGGAUGAUGAAGAAAUUAUUGAUGUUCUAGUAAUGUAUCUAAAUGCAGGCCAUGAAUCAUCUGGCCAUGUUUCAAUGUGGGCUACUCUAUUUCUGCAGAAGAACCCUGAAGUCCUUCAGAAAGCAAAGGCUGAGCAAGAGGCAAUUGUUAAGAACAGGCCACCAGGCCAAGUAGGUUUGACUCUGAAAGAAAUUCGACAAAUGGACUAUCUUUCAAAGGUCAUUGAUGAAACACUACGUGUAGUUACCUUCUCAUUUGUGGUAUUCAGAGAAGCACAGAAAGACAUCAAUAUCUCUGGUUUUACAAUUCCAAAAGGGUGGAAAGCAUUAGUCUGGUUUAGGAACGUUCAUUUUGAUCCUGAAUUGUAUCCCGAGCCAAAGAAAUUUGAUCCUGACAGAUGGGAUGGUCUUACAGCUAAAGCAGGAAGUUUUCUUCCUUUCGGGGCAGGAGCCAGAACUUGUCCCGGAAAUGAUCUUGCAAAGCUCGAAAUUUCUAUUUUCCUUCACUAUUUUCUCCUUGACUAUGAGCUAGAAAGGCAGAAUCCUUCGUGCCCAUUAAUCUAUUUACCUCAUCAGAGGCCUAUAGAUAAUUGUUUGGGACGAGUCAGAAGGGUCUCACCUUCAAGUGUGCGGAAAAAGGACUGAACUCUCCUCUAUUUCAGUGAAAUCUUUGGCAUGCUUAAGUUCGUAAGACGUAUCUAGAUAGAUUGUGUGGCCUUUGUACCCAAUGUACUAGUUCUAUAUUCAGAAAAAAACAAUCUUAAUAAAAUUUUAGCCAUUGGCCUAGCAAUUCAUUAUUUGUUUUAGCCA